AUGAUCGCUGUGAAGACUAAAGCACGGCUGCAGAGCAUGUCCAACAUGGCAUUGGCUUGCCUAGCCUUGACUGACGUGAUGGUCGGAUUAGUUGUCCAGCCUCUUUUUAUUGCUCAGAUAUGGAAUAUCAUACAAGGAGAAACCACAGCCAGUGCAUGUUCAAUGCAAAUUGCCUCAAAAUUGUUCAACUCCUUAUUUUGCUUGUCUUCCAUUGUUCACUUGUCUUUAAUAUCAGUGGAUCGGUACAUCGCCAUCAUGCGUCCUUAUAUUUAUAUUCAAACUGUGACCAAACGCCGUGUACUGAUAGCCACAGCUCUUGCAUGGACCCUGACUUUAAUUAUAAACACCGCCGUGUUGCUUAUUGACGUGGAAAUGGUAAGAGCUAUUAUCACUGCUGUCGUAAUUUCACUUAUUGCAGUCGUUGUUUUCUGCAACAUAAUAGUUUAUCGUGAGGCUCAUCGCCAAGAGAAGCAAAUAGCAGCCCAGCAAGUCGAUAUGGCGACCAAAGAAAAAAUUUUAUCUCACAAGCGAGCUUUUAAAUUAACAUUAAUGAUUAUUACGCUAACAGUUAUAAGUUAUUUUCCUGGAACUAUUUUCGUAAGGUUCAAGGAGCCCCUGAAAAACGUCGUAAGCUUGGGUACGUUGACUUCCAUUUUUAUGGUUGUUGGUAGUUUAGCGGCCUUUAACUCUCUUGUUAAUCCGUUUAUUUAUUGUAUAAGGUUAAGACAGUUUCGGGUCGUAUUCAUUGAAUUACUGAUAAGGAAAAACCACAAUGAGGCUGACGAAUUUUAAAGAAAGAUCUUGGGAACAAUCGUUGCUAAUUUUGAAUUCAACCUGAGAGGAGAGAGAAGCGAACAGAAUACUAACCAGGCCAAUGCCAUCAGAGGCGUCGAAAUACCCCUGGGUGGGGAGAGAGGGCAACAGCAUGCAAACCAGGCUAAUGUCAUCAGAUACUUCGAAACAUCCCAAGGCGGGGAGAGAGAGGAACAGCUCACCAACCAGACCAUUUUAUGGGAGGUCUAAUUAUCAGUAGGUGGGGAGAGAGAGGAGCAUCGUACCAAACAAGGCCAAUGUCAUUAGAGACGCCGACAAAAUUAACGCAUUAAUUGACAAUUAACGAUUUGUACAAAAAAUAUGUCAUGAAGAAAUCAGAAUUUCUGUCGAGUGACAACAAUAGCGAGAUUUUCGCUGUUAAUAUAGAUAAUCAAAGUAUAUAAUAUCUUGCAGAUGUAUACCUCGUUUAUACGUUCCUAAUACUCCCUGUGAUUAAAAAGUAGCUUGAACGAGGUCUUCGUUUUAUUGUUCUCGCAUGAUAUUUAUGUAGUUGUAGCUGGUCUGUAAUGUGAAAUAUAAAUGCACCAAUUCAUGACAAUUUUACCUCGCUUUUUUUCUGAAAUUUAGUCUUACAACGUGAAGUAAAACAGAAAGACGUAUCGUGACCCAGCUGAUACUUGUACUGAGUUACAAUACUUUUUCUGAGUUCCUUUUAAUUUCAGUGCCGCUUAAUCAUGCUGUAUCGUAGAAGUUUGAGCGGGAUUUUUGCUUCUCCUGUGACUGCAGACGUCUUCUUCGUUCUUCAAAGUUAAGCGCUGUCGGGCGCAGAAAAUACUUGGAUGGGUGGCCGAGCGGAAUCUCCUUUACAAGUGUUGAUAUACUUGGACGAUAUUUGGAUUCCUUUUAUCUUAACUUUACGGUUUUUUAAUACAUUUAAGAGUAUGCAUAACAUUUUUUCAAUCAAUACAACUAUCAGAAAUGCAAACAGCUUCUAUUUAUGGGUAUAUUUAUAAUUAUAAGGAAUCGGCGAAUCGAUUCCCUGCAAUCAUCGAUGAGUCUGGACGACAGCCUUGAGUACCAUAAAGCUAUAGACAAUAUCCUAAAGUAGCGAUUAAAUUAAACGGCAAAGUAAAUAUCUGUAGCAAUAUCUUAAACCCAAAUUUUGUUCCAUAACAAGCUGGGUUUGCUAUGCGGGAAUAGCACCUGUUCUGAUCGAUCAUUUCCCAAAAGGUUUUCGUUUUCAAAUGACGUUCGCCUUUUUAAAGGAAUUUGCUGCUUAACUGAAUUGUUUCUUGAUUUUAAUUUUUCUAUCUUUAUGCAUAACUUUCAUGUCUAUUUUUGUUUGAUCGUACGCGAUAUAUAUGAAAUAUUUGUGGAAAGAUACAGAACUACUUUUUUUCCGACGUUAACUUUAAAACACUCUGGUACUUUUAACGUAAUUCUCUCCUACAGAAGUAUUUUGAUAUAUCUGUCCCCUUCUAGUCAUUGCACUGAAAGAAAAUGAAUUCGAAUGGGUUUAUUUUGUGCACUUAUAUCAUCAUUCGCUUAUUAAAAAAUAUUCCGCUUGUAAACACAUGAACAAAAAACUCUCUCAUGAAAACCGUGUCGUGAAAGUUGAUUUUCUUUUCUACUUUCGUCCGCGUAAUGACGUACGCAAAUAAAACAUCUUUCAAAUGACCCAAUACCCUUGUUUGCUCUUAUUGCGAAGUUAUCUUCACCGUUUAAAAAAAGUAAAUGGAAUAAAAUAAAUAAAAUAACUUUACCCUCCAAUCGCAAAAAGGGUCUAAGUUGUUUGGCUAUGGACAAUAUCCCAAAGUAGCGAUUAAAUUAAGUGGUAAAUAUCUGCAGCACUAUAAUUUCCCCAACUAAGGUUUGCUUUUCUGGAAUAGCACCUGUUCUGGUCGAUCAUUUCUCAAAAGGUUUUGUUUUCAAAUGACGUGUGCCUGUUUAAAGGAUUUCCUGCUUAACUAAAUUCUGAAUUCUAAAUUUUCGCUCCAUCUCUCUUAUGCAUUAAUAAGUUUCGUGUCUAUUAAUAUAUUUCUGUUUGAUCGUACGCGAUACAUCAGAACAUAUGUGAUUUUUGUGUAAACUACUUUCUUUCAAAAGUAAACCUUAAAACACCUCUCAACUUUGGGGCUCUUUGGUACUUUUAAAGUAAUUCUCUUCACUAAUACAGAGAUCACNUAUGGACAAUAUCCCAAAGUAGCGAUUAAAUUAAGUGGUAAAUAUCUGCAGCACUAUAAUUUCCCCAACUAAGGUUUGCUUUUCUGGAAUAGCACCUGUUCUGGUCGAUCAUUUCUCAAAAGGUUUUGUUUUCAAAUGACGUGUGCCUGUUUAAAGGAUUUCCUGCUUAACUAAAUUCUGAAUUCUAAAUUUUCGCUCCAUCUCUCUUAUGCAUUAAUAAGUUUCGUGUCUAUUAAUAUAUUUCUGUUUGAUCGUACGCGAUACAUCAGAACAUAUGUGAUUUUUGUGUAAACUACUUUCUUUCAAAAGUAAACCUUAAAACACCUCUCAACUUUGGGGCUCUUUGGUACUUUUAAAGUAAUUCUCUUCACUAAUACAGAGAUCACUUCUAAAUAUUUUGAUUUAUCUGUUCCCCUUUUAGUCAUUGCUUUAAAAGAAAGUGAAUUCGAAUGGGUUGAUUUUCAAGACAUAUAAUUUUACUAUUCGCCUAUUAAAUGAAAUAUCUCAGUUGUGAACAUAGGGACCCAAAACUCAUGAAUGAAAACCGUGCCAUGAAAGUUCAUUUACUUUUCUCUUUUCGUCCGCAUAUGAUGUACGCCUCUUUUUAAAGCUUUGCAACGAAACAGUUUUUCACUUGACUCAAUUUUUUGUCUUCAUUGCCACAAUUAAUAUUUUCAGCAUGUUUUUUAAAAUGAAAGAACUUUACUUACUAAUCGCAAAAUCAGUUUAGUUUUAUGGCUAUGGAAAAUAUCCCAAAAUAACUGUUAAAUUUAAAGGUAAAAUAAAUGUGGAAACUCCAUAUUAUUCCAGAAUUUGAUUUAAAUAGCACCUGUUCAGACUGAUCAUUUCUUAAUAAUUUUUUUUUUUCAAAAUUAAUGACGUUCACCAACUUAAAGGGAUUUCCUUUUAAUUGAUAUCUUUCUUCGUUUUAAUUUUUCGCUCGCUUUGAUAUGCAUACUGGAAUAAGUUUCGUGUCUGUUUUUGUUUGGUCGUACUCGAUAUAUAUGAGAUUUUUGUGUAAAUGGACAGAAAUAAUUUUUUUCUGAGUAGAAACUUAAAAUAGAUUUCACUUUUAGGACUUUUUAAUUAGCGCUUCUAAGUAUUUUGAUAGAUUUGUCUCCUCACUUAUUUUACUAUUCGCCUAUUAAAUGAAAUCUUUCCCCUGUAAACACAGGACACCAAACUCACCAAUGAAAAUCUAUUAUAAACGGUAAUUUUAGUGAUCACAAAAUAAGGGUUAAACUAUAACAAUCAUCCAGCUUCCCUUAGCUUGCCUCCCCAUUUCAUUUAAUGCGUGGACUUUUUUGACGAGUAUUUCUAGCACGUUUUAAUCAUACUGUUGUAUUUCUUCCAUAAAACUCUUAUAAUUUACGACAUUGUGCAACAACAAUUGUGACGAGUGAGCUUGGGAUACCUGUUUUGUAAAGACGUCACAAUACAACGUUAUUACAGUUGUGAAAAUGCUUCCACGUUAUCCGCUAGACUGAAGUUUUUCAUCUUAGAGGAAAUUUGAGGAAAAUACUCGAAACAUGUUCUUUUGAGUGGUAAAUGGAAUGGAAACACGAACAAUUAUUAGAAAGUAUUGCAUUUGUCACAUUUAAUCAUGUUUGAAUUUUAUCCCCCAUGAAUUAAUGAUAAUCGUUGUUUUAGUUAUAUUAACCCUGCUUAACCCUGUUUUGAAAUAAAAAGGUCCGGAAAAAGCAAAAUUAUCCUUGUUGCUUUGUUUAACAGGGGAAAAUGGAUUAUGUAAGAUGCAAAUACGAAAAAUCAUGAGAAAAUAAAACGUUUGUCACUUGUUAAUGAUUUGAAUUUUAUCCUCCCUGAAUUACUGCUACUGAAUUAGUGCUUCAGUCAGCUAAUGCUGCUGUCUAAACCUAUUUGAAAUAGAAAGGUCUGGAAAAGAGCCGAAAGGUUCUUUUCGCUUUAUUUUGAAGAGGCAAAUAAAUUAUUUUUCCAUUUUUAGUCUCUUUCGGUUUACUUGUAAUGUAAAAUAUCAUAGGCAAUCUUAAAUUUCGUUCACAGGAAACUUUUAAAAAAUUUAACAUUUGGCCAAAACAAAAAGCAGAAAAAGACUAUAUUUCUUAGGGUUAACAGGUCCAAGACGGAGUAGAGAAGAGAAGAUGGACUCGAGUCACCAGAUUCAAAACGACUUCCCUGUGAACUGUGUUGUCUACAGUUUAAUUGGUGGAAAGCCAGAGCAUUUGUCAGAUUUAGCCUACGCUGUUCUCGUUGCUUUGAUCGUAAUCCACGCCACGACUUGCCCUUUUACAAUUUUGUUGAAUCUGUUGGUGAUGAUCGCUGUGAAGACUAAACCACGCCUGCAGAGCAUGUCUAACAUAACAUUGGCUUGCUUAGCCUCGACUGACACGAUGGUCGGAUUAGUGGUCCAGCCUCUUCUUAUUACUUUGAUGGUGAACCUCAUUCAAGGGAAGACCACAGCCGGUGUAUGCUCAGUAUAA